GUCUUAUUCAUAAUCAUUUUUCACAUUUUAUCAAAUGCUUAUUAGAGGUUUAUAAAACGUUUGAUAAAAAUUGUUAUUCAUAAUCGUCAUUUAGCGCUAAAAUCCUCUUUUAUCUGUGUGAUAAGUUAUCGAGAGCUCGGGCCUUGUUUAAAGCUCUAAUAAACCUAUUUUAACCUAACUUUUAUAAAUGUCAUUUCAUAUGAAUGUCACUUCGUUGGUUUAUUUAUUCAAAAUAUCCUUGCUGUGAUCCUUGCUUGUGAAAAUGAAUGCUAUAAAUGCAAUUGUGCAUUUAGCCAAUAAUGCCGACCCAGCGCGACGUAGAAAGCUCUACCGCCAACGAAGCAACCCAUUCGAUUUGCGGGACCUAAAUUUUAAAAUAAAAUAUAGGUUCAAUAAGGACACAGUGCGCACCAUCAUAGAUUUGGUGGAAGAUGAUCUGGUUCAGAGCGCUAGAGGUGGUGGCACGUGUCCUGAACUGCAAGUUUUAGUGGCCAUAAGAUGUUGGGGACGUCGUGAGGUACAAGAUGAUGCUGGUGACCUCCAUGGCCUAAGUCAGCCGACAGUGAGCCGGAUAUGCGCCAGAGUCGCGCAUGCAAUCGCGAAUAAGGCAAAUUCCUUCAUCAAAAUGCCUAUCACUAUAGGAGAGCAGGAAAGAAUUAGUGCCAAAUUUAGAGCAAUUAAAAAUUUUCCUGGGGUGAUAGGAGCCAUAGAUUGCACCCACAUUAAAAUUAAAAAAACCGGAGGUGACAUGGCCCAGUACUAUAUUAAUAGAAAAGGCUAUUAUUCCCUGAAUGUUCAGGUUGUCUGUGAUGCUGACCUCAAAAUAAUGGAUAUAGUGGCUAGAUGGCGAGGCAGUACACAUGACAGUCGAAUUUUUAUGGAGAGCAAUAUAAAACAACGAUUUGAGGAUAGGCAGUUUAGAGGACGCCUUAUUGGCGAUUCGGGCUACCCUCUUCUGCCAUAUCUAUUUACACCUAUUUUAAGGCCUAGUCGUCCAGAAGAAGAAGCAUACAAUAAUGCUCACAUCUCAACUAGGAACACUGUUGAAAGGUGUUUUGGGGUGUGGAAGCAGCGGUUCCAAUGCCUACUCCAUGGCUUACCAGUAAGCCUCCAAAAUGGAAAAGCUGUGAUCAUAGCAUUGGCUGUAUUACAUAAUAUAGCCAUUGAUAUGAAUGACACAUUGUUAGAACAACAUAUGGAGCAGGUCCCUGUAACUCCGCAACUUUCGACGGAGAACAGUGUUCACGACAACCGACCUUCAUUGUUGAGGCGUAGGUCGCAGUUGAUACUACAAAAUUUUAUAAAUCAACAUUUUUGAAUGAUACUGUUCCUGGCAUCUUAAUGAAAAUAAAAAGAAUAUUUGAUUGAAAAAUACCUG